UUUUCUUGUCAAUUCUUGAACUCGGAUCGCGCGUGAAACGAUGCCCAAAGGUCAAAUUGCAUCCCCCAAUAGCAUCUCCACCGGAUCCCUACUGACUGGAUCAUCCAUCACAGGUUCGCGGAUCUUAGGAUCCCUGGGUCCCUUGCCCUUCCAGAUACCUUAAGAAACAGCCUUUGAACAGUCACUCUUUUGACAGGAACCCCACUCUGUCUAAUCAUCCCCACUAUUUUAUUGCCUUAUUGCAAGCUAUAUAUACGUGAACACUUUGCUCGCAAAUCACGGCUUUUUGCCACGUAAAACGAUCCCCCUGUCCCUCUCUCCGUGUGUCUGUUGUUACUUCGUUGCCGUUUCUUGAUUUCAGAUACCUUCUCUCUCACUCCAAGCCACCAAGAAUAUUCAUCCCAAAAUUCCCACAUCCGGACCGAGCAAAGAUCCAAAGAGGAGAGAAGAUUCGAUUCAAACUCCCUGAAAACUUUCCAUAGCGAAAAGUGUGCUGGAGUUCAAGACCAGAAGGUAGGAAAAACUGGAGCCUUUCGAAUUAACCUCCUCGUCCUGCUUCUUCACAGACGACCUCAAGCGUUGUCCACUUGCGUGACGGGGAGUUACGUUCAGAUUCGAAGCGAGCAACCGACAGAAUUUCCCUGUUGCAAAGCUCUCCUUCUGGUUCGCCCCUGGCACUUGCCCUCCUGGUCUCUUUCUAUUCGUUUCCUGAAGAACACAAAGCUCGCAGAACAGAGUGAAACAGAGAGGACAUAAAGAAGAAGAAGAAGAAAAGGAAAAGAUCGAAACUUGACAUGGCUUUGUACGCUCCCAACUCGAGUUUUCCACAUGGGUCCGAUUUUUUCAACGUGUUCGGUGCGUUCCCGCGCGAUUUUGGUGGGAUCAAUGGCGUCCCGCGAGGCGGGUCUCUGGUGUUGGACAGUGAGAAGAGUGAGCUCGUGAAGGCUCCGGUUGGCGUGGCCAAGAAGGGGGUUUCGCAGGAGAAGGCCGUGGCGGCCAUGAAGAGUCAUAGCGAGGCCGAGAGGAGGAGGAGAGAGAGGAUCAAUUCUCAUCUCAACACUCUCCGUGGACUCGUCCCCGGCACCGAAAAGAUGGACAAGGCUGCGCUACUUGCUGAGGUCGUGAACCAAGUGAAAGAACUGAAGAAGAACGCCAUCGAAGCGAGCAAAGGCCUCCUUGUGCCGGCGGAUGCUGAUGAGAUAACAGUUGAACCGUGUGGUGACGGAGCAAGAGAUGAUGCGUUUUCCUUCAGGGCAUCCAUCUGUUGCGAUUACCAACCUGAGCUGCUGUCCGAUAUGAGGCGAUCUCUCCAGGCUCUUCCCCUGAAGAUAGUGACGGCCGAGAUCUCAACCCUUGAAGGCCGGUUGAAAAAUGCGUUUGUCUUCAGCAGCUCUGCGGAAGAGCACAAAAAUAGCGAUUCCGAGGCAUGCCAAAGUUUAAUGAGCUCGGUUCGCCAGGCUCUGAGUUCUCUUCUCGAGAAAAGUUCUGUCUUGCCGGAGUACUCCCCAAGGACGACAAUCCCGAGCAAGAGGCGUCGACUCUCGUCCUUUGAUUCGUCGAGUUCUUCGUCCUGAGAGACGAGGUCUCAUUGUUAGACGCCAUGAACGAAAUCUCCUUUUUGUUCACUGAAGAGAAAAUUGUAAAUCAAUGAGAUGGAUAGGAAAUGGGUCGAAGACAGAUGCGUGCCGUCAUCGAUCAAAGUCGUAGCUUGCUGCCGGCAAUUUAAUCUCGGCGGGGUGGCAAAUGUUGUAGUACUAUACUUUUAGAUCUGCAAUAUCCUUAAGACAUGGACAUGUCUUAUUUUUGGACCGUUCGUGGUUAUGGUGCUAUAGAGUGUUGUACUUUUUCAGCUAAAUUUGUAAUAAGUUGAUAGUA